GACGCACAAGUUGGCCUCUGAUUGUGUCCCUUCCUUCCCGGCAGAGUGCUCCCCUCACUCUCCCGCUGGUGCAGUACCUUUAUCUUCCUGGUAAUUCUCUUCGACACACCCUUUGCCAUCUGGCGCAAGACUUCCGUGGCGGGCUUACGCUGUCCACCAUGUUCAGCGGAGGAGACAGCAAUGCUUCGCCAUGCGAGCCUGCAGCGUACCUGCGGAUCGGUUCGUGUAUCACUCCCUCCACACUCCCUUCCCACUGGAGGCUUCAGUCGAAGUAUACGCCUACGCCCACUUCAAGCCCUGCGACUACAGCUCCACCAAUCACUACGGAUACAACCUCCGUUCCCCAUUCUCAAUCGCCUACGGCUCACCCAGCCUCAGAAUCGCCGCCCAGUCACAGUUCGAACGCGGGAAGUGAUACUUUCGCUAGCACAACGCCUGGCACUGGCCCCGCUACUAGCGACGAAUCCACUUCAAGCCCUCCGCCAGAUGCAAGCAGCACUGCUCUAACUCAAGCAAGCUCCUCAGGGCUCACCUCUCCGGGUGGUGAAACUCCGACAGUCAAUCACGCAUCAGACACUCAGUCUACCUAUGCCGCAUCACAGUCGCCUUCACGUUCCUCGCGGGACGGGACAACUGUAACAUCUGCUUACACCACAGUAGUACUCUCCACCUCAACCUUCUCGACGAGUGGCUCUGCUGGCGAGACGGAAGGUACUCGAGUGAUAAGCCUCAGUACGACGAUAACGACGGUUUACACGUCCACGUCGAGUGGAGCCUCGGGUUCUUUCCCUUCAGGCUCGACUGCAAAUGAUGCUUCACCGGCAUCAAAGAGCAAACCAAGCACAGGCAAGAUAUUGGGUGGAAUCUUUGGGGCGUUGGCCAUCCUCCUCUUGCUCCUCUUGGCUCUACUGUGGCAUCGCAAACGCACGCGUCGCCGCCGGGCUGCCCGCGAAUCAAUUUGGUUCGACCCCAUGGGGGCCACCGCUGCGACCUCCGGGCUUCUGAACCGCUCCACAAGCAGCAGCUCGUCCUUCUUCUACACCGCCGAGGACGAUAUCAUGGGCGAGAACAACCAAGCCGCGCCGACAUACCGGUACGGCGCGACCCCACAGGCACUGGCGACCUCCACCCGCCUCGUCGUGUCGCCGCCGCUGCCCAGCGCGCAGAUCCGCGCAGACGACCCAGACCCGUUCGCGGACCCGGCUGUGCACGCGCGCGAGCAAACCGCGAGCGUUGUGACGGCGGAGUCGCCGACGAUCCAUGUGCCAUUGCCGAACCCGUACCGGGACCUUGCGCUGUUCCCCCGCGAGGGCCAGGUCGCUGCGUGGGACUCGCCGCUGCAUAGCGCGCGCAACUCUCUGGCGAUUCAUCCGCAGCAGACGUUAGGGUCAGCGUGCUGUCGGAGCGCUCUGGUGAUGUUGAGAGCGUCGAAGCCAUGUAACAUGAAUCGUUUGCUUGGGAAGAUACUACACCGCGCGUUGAACAGUGUACCUCACCAGCGGCCAACUGCACACCCGAAACACGGACACGCUCUUUCCUCGGCUUGCACUCGUUGCCCCACCCACUCGUUGCUAACUACCUCUAUUUAACCUUCUCUCCGCUGGUGACAUCUUGGUUGAACGUUGAAUACCUUAUCAGUAAGGCUGUAAUUCUGUAAUAGCUAGUUGAGUACAAGGGAUAUUGGUGGUUAUGACCUGGUGAACCGUCAAGCGUCCUCAUGUCCAUGGCUUCCA